AUGGCGCGGCACCGCAUCAAGAUGCCCAUCUCGCUGCAGUACAUCAUGCCCGAGGAGCUGGACCUGCUGGGGGCGUCGGGCAACGACGUGCGCCUCACCGCCCAGCGGGUGUACAUGUGCCAGCAGCACGUCCAGCUCCUGGAGUCCCUCAAGAAGGAGGACCUCAAGAGCCAGGUGGGCAGGUUCUUCCGCCAAACCUACGUCGACUUCAAGCUCAGCGUCUCCCUCCCCGAGCUGAGGGACUACGAGAGCUUCCGCGACGAGAAGCUGGUGGGUAGCGGAGGCCGGCGCAAGAUGGUGAACGCCCUGUGCCGUGCCAUGGCGCUCCGGCCCCACCAGCCGCCCAUGUCCCUCGAGAAGCACCAGCCCUCACGGAAGAGCGCCAACGACAAAGGAGAUGACGAUGACGAUGACGAUGACGACGAUUGCGACUACAAGGACUACUACAAGAAGAAGGCAGCGGAGGAUGAAGAGGAGCGGGAGGUGCGGUUGGCCCGGGCGAAGCGAAGGCGAUCGGCGCCGGCGUCGCUCGCUGUGGCCACGGCUGGCGCCGAUGAUGACGCCAACCAGCCAUCAGGGCCGCCGCCUCAAAUCCCGCCUCCAGUCCCCGCCCACGCCGCUGCCGUUUCCGCCCCUAAUCAGGUGAUGGUGAUGACGGUGAUGACGGUGAUGGUGAUUGAGGCGUCUCAGCUGGCGACACAACGCGAGGUGGCGCUCGCCACGGAGCAGCUGGCGGGGUACCUACAGACCCACUUUCUGCAGCCCUGGCGCGCCGACGGCCGACCAAUCGACCUCGCCAGACUCCAGGAGUUGGUGUCCCGGUGCCUACAUGAGGAGGCACUUCUUGUCGCCGUCCUUGGCCUCGGUCUCCAGUCCUUCCCACUCAGCCAAGCCGAAAACCUACCGGCCCAGCUCGCUCGGCGCAAAAGGGCGGAGCCGGGCGGGGCCAUGGCGGCCGCGGGGUACACCCGGAUGUACUGCACGAACCGGAAGUUGGAUCCCGUGUUGGGGUAG